UGCGCCGGCCGUCCCCGCGGGGCCAUGAGGCGAUAAGACCCCGUCGUGCUCCGCCAGUAUGUUCGGCCGCUCCCGGAGCUGGGUGGGCGGUGGGCACGGGAAGGCCGCCCGCAGCAUUCACUCCUUGGACCACCUCAAGUACAUGUAUCAUGUAUUGACUAAAAACACAACAGUGACAGAUCACAACCGCAAUCUCCUGGUGGAAACUAUCCGUUCUAUAACAGAGAUCCUUAUAUGGGGGGACCAGAAUGACAGCUCGGUGUUUGACUUCUUCUUGGAGAAGAAUAUGUUUGUUUUCUUCUUGAACAUCUUGCGCCAGAAGUCCGGCCGUUACGUGUGUGUGCAGCUGCUGCAGACUCUGAACAUCCUUUUUGAGAACAUCAGUCAUGAAACAUCGCUGUACUACUUGCUAUCAAAUAACUAUGUGAAUUCUAUUAUUGUCCAUAAGUUUGACUUUUCUGAUGAGGAGAUCAUGGCAUAUUACAUAUCAUUUUUGAAAACUCUUUCCCUGAAACUCAACAAUCAUACUGUGCAUUUCUUUUACAAUGAGCACACGAAUGACUUCGCUUUGUACACAGAAGCCAUUAAAUUUUUUAACCACCCAGAAAGCAUGGUCAGGAUUGCUGUUAGGACUAUAACUUUAAAUGUCUACAAAGUGGACAACCAACCUAUGCUGCAUUACAUUAGAGAUAAAACUGCAGUCCCUUAUUUCUCCAACCUUGUCUGGUUUAUUGGAAGCCAUGUGAUUGAACUGGAUAACUGUGUGCAGACUGAUGAAGAGCACAGGAAUAGGGGCAAGCUGAGUGACCUGGUAGCAGAACAUCUUGAUCAUUUGCAUUACCUUAAUGAUAUACUUAUCAUUAAUUGUGAAUUUUUAAAUGAUGUGCUGACAGACCACCUACUCAAUAGGCUCUUUCUUCCCCUCUAUGUGUAUUCAUUAGUAAAUCAAGAUAAGGGUGGGGAGCGUCCAAAAAUAAGUCUCCAAGUUUCUCUCUAUCUUCUUUCUCAAGUUUUUCUUAUUAUACAUUAUGCCCCUUUGGUGAACUCACUGGCUGAGGUUAUACUUAAUGGUGACCUGUCUGUGUUUUCUUCUAAAGCUGAGCAAGAUGUUCAGAAAAACUCAGCGAAGUCAAGUAUCAGAUGUUUCAUAAAACCAACAGAAACACUUGAGAGGUCUCUUGAAAUUAAUAAACAGAAGGGGAAGAAGAGAGUGCAGAAAAGACCCAACUAUAAGAAUGUUGGUGAAGAAGACGAGGAGGAGAGACAAUCUGAAGAUAUCCAAGAUGACUCAGAUAAAACUAAAAGUACAGAAGCGAGUUCAAAAGGCAUCAGAACAAGCAGUGAAAAUGAAGAAAUAGAGAUGGUCAUCAUGGAGCGAUGCAAGCUCUCAGAAUUGUCCAUCUCUGCUGUGACAGAACAGAAUACAACGGAUGAAGAAAAGAGUGCUGCUGCCUCUGGAAGUGAGAUAACAAACUGGAACAGACCUUUUCUUGAUAUGGUCUAUAAUGCACUGGACUGUGCUGAAGAUGAUUACUAUGCCCUCUUUGUGCUCUGUCUUCUGUAUGCAAUGUCACACAAUAAAGGCAUUGACCCAGUGAAGCUGGAGAGAAUUCAGCUUCCUGCUCAACAUGCUGAAGAGAGAAAUUCGUAUAAUCAUGUACUUGCAGAAGGGCUCAUCAGAAUAAUGAAUUACGCUGCACAACCAGAUGGAAAAAUCCGUUUGGCAACUCUAGAACUUGGCUGUCUGUUGCUGAAGCAGCUUGUGUUUUCUAAAAAUGGCAGCAUAAUAAAAGACGUUCAUCUUGCAUGCCUUGAGGGUGCAAGAGAAGAAGGCGUUCAUCUCCUUCGCCGUUUCUAUAAGGGAGAAGAAAUUUUUCUGGAUAUGUUUGAAGAUGAAUAUCGGAGUAUGACAAUUAAGCCCAUGAAUGUGGAGUACUUGAUGAUGGAUGCCUCAAUUCUGUUGCCUCCAACAGGAACACCACUGACUGGUAUUGAUUUUGUGAAAAGAUUGCCUUGUGGAGAUGUGGAAAGAACACGAAGGGCAAUCAGAGUUUUCUUUAUGCUUCGUUCGUUGUCGUUGCACUUGCAAGGCGAGCCAGAGACUCAGUUACCACUGACAAGGGAGGAAGAUCUGAUAAAGACAGAUGAUGUUCUCGACUUGAAUAACAGUGAUCUGAUUGCUUGUACAGUCAUAACAAAGGAUGGAGGUCAAGUUCAAAGAUUCCUGGCUGUGGAUAUUUACCAGAUGAGUCUGGUUGAGCCAGAUGUUGCCAGACUUGGUUGGGGAGUAGUUAAGUUUGCAGGCCUUUUACAGGAUAUGCAGGUGACAGGAGUAGAAGAUGACAGUAGAGCUCUGAACAUUAUAAUUCAUAAACCUGCCUCAAGUCCUCAUUCUAAGCCCUUCCCUAUCCUGCAAGCCACGUUUGUUUUUUCUGAUCACAUUCGCUGCAUUAUUGCAAAGCAGCGUCUUGCAAAAGGCCGUAUCCAAGCGCGGCGUAUGAAAAUGCAGAGAAUAGCAGCUCUCCUGGAUCUUCCUGUUCAGCCUUCAAAUGAAGUUAUGGGUUUUGGACACAGCUCUGCAGCUGCAUCCCAGCACCUUCCAUUUAGAUUUUAUGAUCAUGCACGACGUGGUAGCAGUGAUCCUACAGUGCAACGUUCUGUUUUUGCAUCCGUUGACAAAGUUCCAGGCUUUGCUGUAGCCCAGUGUAUAAAUCAGCACCAUCCAUCACCACUCUCGUCACCAUCGCCGUCCAGUGGCAGUGGGAGUACAGGGCGCUGUGAUUCAGUGGCUGCAAGCUCAGCUUCCACUCCUUCUGUUGCACAGAGUCCCUCAGGUCUGGCAGGAAAGGACGACGGCGGGUGUUUAGUCUGUCGGAGGCUGACAGUCACGGUGGACACUGGGUUUAGGUCUUCAAGCAGCAGCUGCAACCGAAACUCACGCAAUAUCCAUUCAGAUGACUCUCCAGCUCCCGAGCAGCCCCGCACAACUGUUUCUGGUCAGAUGACGUUGACUGAUGAAACUCUUUCAGCUGUCUCAAAGUCUAGCAAGAGUGCUGUAAAAAACAGUGACAUAGAAACAGCAAACCUGUCCCCUAGCCUGAUUCCUGCACAGCAGCCCACAAUAUCAUUAAUAUCAGAUGACAAUACAGAUGCACUAAGUGUAGAGUCGCUUACACUGGUCCCACCGGUCGAUUCGCACAGUAUUCGUACGUUCAGCUGCAUUCCUCAGCCAUCUUUGCAGUCUGAGCUUGAAGAUUGCAAGGUAAAAGAGAUAGAAGAUGAGUGUUCUGACUAAGUUUACCCACAGACUGUGAUAAGCAGUGAUGCAAAUUAACCAAAUUCUUCAUUGUAUUUUUGUUUCUUCGGGAGCACAAGAUACUUCCUGCAGCAUCAGAGACAUCUGGUCUGCAAGAAGAGGCCCAGCGAUGAAAGAAUGUGGGCAGCUUUUAGAAUAAGCAUCAGAUGUUUGGCAUAUUUAAACCAGGGGAAGAAAAGAAACUGGAUUGGACAUUUCCCUAGCCAUUUCUGUUGUACAAGAGCACCUACUUUCUUCCUAUUAUCAAAUAAAGAUCCAGCUGCAGUAACCUUAUAGUCAAAGACCUACAGUGCUAAGGCAAAGCGAAGACAUUUUUGGAUACCUGGCUUCAAGAUGUUGAAUUGCUACUUCUUUGAAACUGGAGGCAUAUUGUUCACCAGGAACAGUAGUAUAAAGUACUUUACUUUAUAGUACAAAGAUUCCAUUUCCAUUUGUUUCAUUGUUUUUUAUUCUGAUCUCAUUCAGCUUUUGGAGGCCUCUAUGAUACCAGCAGGCUCGCCCCUUUCUGUGUUGUGUUCACAGGACUCCAAGGUUCAGUGCUUUGUUUCCCAUGUGUAAUAUUUAUUUCAAAGUCUGAUUCAAAGCAAGAUGCAUCUAAAAAUAUUUUUUUCAUAAGGUAAAACUCUGAAACUUAAUAUGAGAAUUGCUUAGUCAUAUGAUUGCAAGACAUUUUUGAAACAUUUUUAGUCUUUGCUUAACUAGCUACAAAGAUAAGAAAUAUUUUAAUAUCUACUGCUUGUUUGCUCACUUCUGACAGUCAAAUUGCUACACCUCUGAGGAAUGAUGGUAUGAUGAUACCCCUUCUACUGAAGAACAGCUAGAAGCAGACAGAGGCACUUUUAUUCUUAAAAGGUUUGGGGGGUUUUGUUAUUGGAGAUCUUUCUUGUUGGUGUCUUUGGGUUUUGUUGGUUUUUUUUGUGGUUUUUUUUAUUAUUAUUAUUUGUUUGUUUCUCUUCCCAUGGAAAUAG